AUGAAACAAGUAGAAGAUGUAACUCAUAGAGGGUGUUUGGUUGAGAUUUUUAGCAGCUUCCCCAGCUUUGAAGCCAGCAGCCCAACCAAACAGCCAGCUUCUGGGAGAAGUUUGACUGCAGCUGCAGCUUUUUUACAUGCAAAAGGAGAAGCUGGUCCCGAGCAGCUUCCACAGCUUCCUCCCCCGGUGAAUCACUCCCACGCCCAUCCUACCCCUGCCACUUCGUUAGAAUUACAGCAAAAAUGCCCCUCCCAUAUAAACGUGCAAAUCCCCCAUUCAGUUUUUUUCCUUAGCCAUUUUUCCCCGCAGCACACAGCCACACGGGAUGGAGCAAGGGCGGCGCUAGGUUUUCCCGUGGCCAGCCUCGUCCGCCGGCCGGGACUGCGCCGCCGGCGCCGGCCGGCGCCCGCCCUCGCCUCGCUGUACACCAGAGCCCGCCCUCCGGCGCCCGCCCUCGGUCGCCCGCCCUCGUCCGCCCUCCGGCGCCCGCCCUCGCCCGCCCUCCGGCGCCCGCCCUCGCCCGCCCUCGCCGGGGACUGCGCCGCCGGCGCCGGCCGGCGCCCGCCCUCCGGCGCCCUCGCCCGUGUUCGUCUGCGCCGGAGACCGCCUUCCAGCGCCUCGCCGACCUCCUCCCAAUGCACCUCCCCCUCGUUCUCAAGAUCUGCAGGAUUUUCCAAGAUGGACAAAGCAAAUUGGGAUGCAUAUCAUACUAAAAUAUUUUGUGAGAUAUGCAAAGAAGAGACGGAGAAGCACAAUAGGCCGGGUGGUUAUUUGAGUCCCAAAGGUUACAACAAUCUCGAGGAGAAAUUUUUUGAACUAACUAAGAAAAGACGCACAAGAAGGCAAUUCAAAAACAAAUGGGACCAAUUGAAGAAAGAAUAUGCUCGGUUUAUGGAGUUAAAGAAUUCUGCAACUGGACUUGGUUGGAAUGAUAAGAUGGGAACAAUUGAAGCUGAUGAUAGUUGGUGGGACAUUCAUCUUAAGAAAUACCCAGGACAUGCAAAGUGGCGGUACAUGGGCCCUCCCAACUUGAAGGAGAUGGAUGUUAUGUUUGAGAAUGCUCAUGUCACCGGGGAAACAGCCUCCAUUCCAGGAGAGAUAUCCAGUAGCUCGGAUGAUGAUGCCAUUGCGGAGGUAAAAGAGAGUGAAGAUUUGGGAACUCCUUUGAAAUAUUUCAAGAAGAAAGGAGGGCAAGGUAAAACAUUAGGUAAACGCAAAUCUAAGUCUCAUGUAGAAGAUGAAGAGGACAAGAACCCAUUUCUUCGUGCGUAUAAGCAAACCUUGGGAAAAAUAAAUUCAAGAGUGAGUGAAGGAUCAGCUAACCAUGUUCCCAAAAUUACUGCUCCAACCAUGGGAGAAGUACUUAAUUUGAUGGUGGAGUGUGGGGCCGAGGAAGGGACUUCUUUGUUCCACACCGCGACCAAGAUUGUGAUGAAGCCAGAGUAUCGUGAGUUGUUUAUGUUGAUUAAAACCAAGGAGGGCAGGUUUGACUGGCUUACGAGGGAGCACGAAGCAAUGAGCAAGUAGCAAGUUGUAUUAAAACCAUGUUCCCAAAUGUUGUUUAUGGGACCUGUUUCAGUUUGAAUGUGUGUUGAUGUAGUGAACUAUUUAUGAGAUCUGUUGCUAUCGUGUAAUGAAAAAUGUUGACUCA